AUGUAAAUAUAAGAUGGAAACAAUUUGAUGCUAAACCUAUCUAAUGGUCCAAUAGACAAUAGUAGAAGAUCCUGCACAAAUGUGUUCUGUGCCAUCUUUUAUGCGGGCAUUUUAUUGAGUAUCUUUGGGAUAGGCUUGUACAUGAAUCAAAGCGGGAAUGUAUUGUUGAUAGACCGAGGAUAUGACCCUGAUCGUAAAUAGAAACAAAUAUGAUAAAGAUAGACCAUGUGGAAUAGACACUUUGAGAGAUUAUCCAUUCAUCUACUUCACUACUCUCAAUAGUGAUUUCUUAUGGAAGACUGUUUGCGUUUAGGAAUGUCCGAGUGUUCCAGUUGCCAAACACAAACAUUUAUAGUUGAAUCCUCCAACAACUACAACUGUUCCUACAACAACAACACCCAUAGGAACACCCCAAAAUUCAUAAUUAAAAUGCGCUGUAAAUUCAGUAGUAACUUCUUGUAGUUAAGCCACGUUAUACAACAGCAUUAAAUGUAAUAUUAAUAUAUAUGUAUAUAGUUGAUUAAAGAGUCUGCAUUCCCACAGAUCCAGAGUAAUUUAAGAUAGUGCAGGAGGCAUUGAAGAUGGGAUUCUUACAUUAAUUAAUUUCUGAUAUCAGCGGAGCAAAGUAUACCUUAUUUAUAUUCAUUGUAAUUGGAACUUGCUUUACUUUAUCAUUCACUUACCUUCUGAAAUGGUGCAGUAAAACUGUAAUUUGGUUCAUCAUCUUUAUCAUCGUGGUAUUGUCCAUCUUCUUUGGCUAUUUUAGUUAUCUGUAAUACAAGGCAUCGUAAUGAAUAUAUCUAUCCAAAUAGAUCUAGUAUGACUAUUGGUUUAUCACCGACUGGAUAUCUAUUAUAAUCAGUUAUUUGGUGGUGUUUUGGAUUGGGUACAAUAAUCUUGACAAUUUGUUUUUACAAACGAAUAAAUCUAGCUAUUGCCAUUAUAAAAUCAGCCUCUGAUUUUGUCACUAAAAAUGUUAGUAUUGUCAUAGUCCCUGUAUUCUCGACUCUUGCCACUUUUAUUUUCACCAUUAUUUUUAUAUACAUAGCAUUGUAAUUAUACUCUUAAAAUUAGUUUAAUAUGUUCAACUGGUACGCCUGGAGAUAAACAAUAGUAAUGGCCUUUUGGAUAAUUGAAAUACACAUUACUUGAAUACUUUAGUGGAUUCUAUUUGUUAUUUGCCACAUUUUGGACAUAUGCUUUGAUUAUUGGAGUCAAUAGCUUUAUCAUAGCAGGUUCAGUGUGUGUGUGGUAUUGGCAACAAGGAAAGAGUGGUUAAGAACAUGUUUAGCCACUCAAUUCAUCAUGGAAGAGAUGUUUUGUCUACCAUUUUGGUUCAAUUGUCUUGGGUGCCUUAUUAUUGGGAUUGAUCUCAAUAUUUAGAUCAUUCUUCGAAUAUCUAUAUGUAUUAAAUAUCCAUAUCAUUACAAUAGAGAAAUGCUGAAUAUAUGCGAAAUACAGAUGGCUGUUAAUUCUGUUUCAAGUGUUGUGCAUGUUGCAUAUGGUGUUUUGAAAGGUUUUUACAAUAUUUGAAUCAGAAUAUCUAUGUCUAAAUUAACAUGACUGGGGAUGGGUUCUUUCAUGCUGCCAAGAAAGGACUGGAUAUUAUGUCUAAUAAUCCUUCUAUUGUUAUGUAGGUGGUUGGUUUGGGAGAUUUAAUAAAUAACAUAGCAAGAAUCAUGAUUACAUUAUCAAUCUCUAUGUUCUUUUUUAGAUCAAUUUCAGAAUUGCCUCAACUAUUAUUUGGAGGCAUAGUCAUUAAUCCGUAUAAUCCAACCUUAUUAUUGGCAAUCAUUAUUUUUGUCAUUGCCACUGUGUUUACUAAUAUCUUUGGAGUGGCCAUUGAAAGCAUACUUCAUUUAUAUUGUAUUGAUUAAGAAAUAGCCAGGGCCAAACAGAGUUCAGAAGAUGCUGAAAUGUGUCCUGCGGUAUUAAUUAUUGUGUAUAAUAAUAGGCUUUAAGAGAAUUUUUAAAUGACAAAGUGUUUACAUAAUAAAAAUGA